AUGACUUUGACCACCGAAGACACGAGAAUCCCAACCGAGAACAAUGCCUACGUUAUGCUGGGGAUCGACAAACUUGGUUUGGAGGGCCGGCCUAUGCCUCCUUCGCCAGGAGAGUAUGAAGUGAUAGUAGCACCAAAGAAGACGGGCAUUUGUGGCUCAGAUAUGCACAUAUUUUUGGAGGGUCGUGCAGGGGAGUCUUCGUUCUGUGACCCGUUGAUUCUUGGCCAUGAAGCAGCUGGUGUUGUUGCCCAAGUCGGAUCGAAGGUCACGUCCCUCCAAAUUGGUGAUCGAGUUGCACUUGAGCCUGGAUUUUGCUGCCGCAGGUGCGAGUUCUGCAAAGGCGGUGAAUAUAGGCAAUGCGGUGACUUCAAGUUUGCCGCGGCCGAUGGUUUUGACGGAACAUUGCAAGGCUUUUUCACCAUCCCUGCCGAUUUCUGCUACCGCCUGCCAGAGUCUAUGUCAUUUGAGGAGGGUGCCCUGAUCGAACCUCUCGCCGUCGCUGUCAUGGCUGUCAGCAGUGUGGCAAAGAUGAAGCACAACGCCAAUAUGGCAGUUUUUGGAGCUGGCCCCGUGGGUCUUCUAACCAUGGCAGUUGCGAAAGCUUUAGGAGCUAGACGAAUUGUGGCAGUCGAUGUCAACGAACAGAGACUCGACUUCGCCAAAGGCUACUGCGCAACGGAUGUUCACGCCGCCAUCCCUAAGAACUCUGGUGAAGACAACAUGUCUUACUCCAAACAACACGCACUCGAGAUCAUGAAGAAGUUUGGACUUGGCGAACGCGGAGAGGGCAUUGAUCUUGUUGUAGAAUGCUCAGGCGCCGAGGUUUGUGUCCAAACGGGGAUCUGGCUCGCCAAACGGCGUGGCAUGUUCGUGCAGGUCGGCGCUGGUCCGGCAAACAACCUCAUCCCAAUGUCCAUCCUUGUGAACAAGGAGAUUACCGUGAAGGGAAGUUUGAGGUAUGGGCCUGGUUGCUACCAGCUAGCUAUCGAUCUUGUGCGGCAAGGGCGAAUCAACUUGAAGCCCCUCCUGACACAUCGUUUCCCUUUCAAAGAUGCCGCGAAGGCCUUCAAAGCAAUGCAAAAUGGAAAGGGGGAUGAUGGAAAAGUGACAAUCAAAGUCAUCACUGACGGGCCUCUGGCUUGA